GGGGCGGAGGUGAGGACCGGAACGCGGAGGGCGGGCGCUGCUCGCGGCGCCGGGCCCGCGUUCCCCGUCCGCGGCCGCCCUGCCACCGGCCCGCGUCCCCGCCGGCGGGAGCUCGGGGGACCGGGCGGCGGCGCGGUUGUGGCGGCGGCUGGCUGGAUGCGAGACCUGCGCGGACCGGGCGGCGGCGGCGGCGGCGGCCGGCGGCUCCCGACUCGGGGAAGCCGAUCGCGGAGGGGACGAGCCCGAACGCGCUGGCCAUGGCCUCCAACUUUAACGACAUAGUCAAGCAGGGCUACGUGAAAAUCCGCAGCAGGAAGCUGGGGAUUUUCAGACGAUGCUGGUUGGUUUUCAAGAAAGCUUCUAGUAAAGGACCCAGAAGGCUGGAGAAAUUUCCAGAUGAAAAGGCAGCAUAUUUCAGAAACUUCCAUAAGGUAACUGAACUGCACAACAUCAAAAAUAUAACCAGACUGCCUCGAGAGACAAAGAAGCAUGCAGUAGCAAUUAUCUUUCAUGAUGAAACGUCAAAGACAUUUGCCUGUGAGUCAGAGCUGGAGGCUGAAGAAUGGUGCAAACAUCUCUGCAUGGAGUGUCUGGGGACACGGCUGAACGACAUCAGCCUUGGGGAGCCUGAUCUUCUGGCAGCUGGAGUACAGAGAGAGCAGAAUGAGAGAUUCAAUGUAUACCUUAUGCCUACACCAAAUCUGGAUAUUUAUGGCGAAUGCACAAUGCAGAUCACUCAUGAGAAUAUCUAUCUCUGGGAUAUCCACAAUGCCAAGGUCAAACUGGUGAUGUGGCCUCUCAGCUCACUGAGGAGAUAUGGACGGGACUCAACGUGGUUCACCUUUGAGUCAGGAAGAAUGUGUGACACAGGAGAAGGACUAUUCACUUUUCAAACAAGGGAAGGAGAAAUGAUCUAUCAGAAGGUCCAUUCUGCGACACUGGCCAUAGCUGAGCAGCAUGAAAGAUUAAUGCUAGAAAUGGAACAGAAAGCCCGGCUUCAGACAAGCUUGACUGAGCCAAUGACGUUAUCCAAAUCGAUAUCUCUUCCUCGUAGCGCCUACUGGCAUCACAUCACCCGUCAGAACAGUGUUGGAGAAAUCUACAGUUUGCAAGGUCACGGCUUUGGUUCGUCCAAGAUGUCGCGCGCACAGACGUUUCCCAGCUACGCCUCGGAGCAGAGCGAAGAGACACAGCAGUCUUUGUCCCGGUCGAGCAGCUACGGGUUCAGCUACAGCUCCAGCCUCAUUCAAUGACACUCAGAGAGCCUGCUGACCAGAGACACAGUCUGUCCGGACCUGCUUGCAGGGUCACUGCACCCUCUGCCUCCUGGAAGACCGAUCGCAGUAACAUUGACAUGGGCCGGGUGUAGCCCAAUCCCAGUGGAAGGUUAAACACUGGAGUUCUGCUUCCUUGACUCUGUGGCUAAGUCCUUUAUUUAUUGAAUUUCUUGGCGGGGGGCCGGGGAGGGGGGGGAUCUAUGUUUUACAAAAAUAGAAUCCAAAUCGUCCUUUAAAUAAAAUUCCUGGUUCUGGCAGUAGCAGAAGCCUGGGCACCAUGAGAAGUUGCCCACACUGGGUUGUACCUGGGUAGUGGGCAUUACCCCUGUCCUCAUGGCUCAGCCCUCCCACCUGAUGACAGGGUCUGUCCCUAGACAUAAUGUCACCCACUACAAGCUACGUGGCUUGGAAGGUUUUGAUGGGGACAAAUCCAGCAAGGUCUACUAAUGGCAUCAUAACUCUCCAUAUAAAUAAGCCCGGUGACAAUUAAGGGAAAAUGAGAUUUAGAACACACUGUUAAGCAGGGCCUUGUAGCUCUACUCUGUGUGUGUGUGUGUGUGUGUGUGUGUGUGUGCAUCUGUAGACAAACAUAGAUAUGGAUAUGGCUAUAUCCAUGUAUAUCUAACAAGUAUAUAUCAAAUGUGUGCUGAGGGUGACAGGAUAUGCUCACUUACAUUGUUGAAAACUGUAAUUUGGUGCAUUAAAAUUCAGAUUGUUAUGUUGAAUAGCAAUUUUUAAAAUAGUGCUGUAAAAAAAAAAAGGCUUUUUAUUAGCAAAAGUAUUUACGUAGUCAAGUCUGCUCCUGUGACAAGUAUAAACGGAUAUGUGAGAAGGAGGGACCCUGGAAAACAAAGGAAGCAGUCUAGCUGUCCCACAUGCCAUGUUACCACGCUGUCUUUCUGCCUCGUACUCCCUUGUUGUUGACGAUGUUUCUCUCUCUGGCCAUCCCUCUGAACUACGUGAGAAGGAUUGGGUGUGAUCACCUACUGGCCUCCAUUUAAUCUCAAGAAAAAGAAAGACUCUAAAUGAGAAACUGUUUUUCACGAAAGGGG